CGGACCCGGGGUCCCGAGCGGGGCUGAUGCUGGGGACGGGAAGGCUACCACGGCGGCAGAGCCGGGCCUGGGAUCCCAGGGCUUGGCCGGGCUCAGGCGGCGGGGCGCGACAGGAGCCUGGCCUGGCCUCGCUGCCCCUGGGCCGACUGGAAGGUGCACGCGAGGCUCCCAGUGCCGAGCGAAGGCCCCUGGGAGAGGAGCCUGGACAGGCCAGAGCAGAGGAGGCCGAGACGUGUUUUCAGAGGAGAGGGACAAACAGGGAUCUGUAGUUUGAAAGGGCAGGAUGUACACACUGCUGUCGGGGCUGUACAAGUAUAUGUUCCAGAAGGAUGAGUACUGCAUCCUGAUCCUGGGCCUGGACAAUGCUGGGAAGACGACCUUCCUGGAGCAGUCAAAAACCCGGUUUAACAAGAACUACAAGGGGAUGAAUCUGUCUAAAAUCACCACCACCGUGGGUCUAAACAUUGGCACUGUGGACAUAGGAAAGGCUCGCCUCAUGUUCUGGGACUUAGGGGGACAGGAGGAGCUGCAGUCUUUGUGGGAUAAGUACUAUGCGGAGUGCCAUGGCGUCAUCUAUGUCAUUGACUCUACUGAUGAAGAGAGACUGUCAGAGUCCAAGCAGGCAUUUGAGAAGGUGGUUUCCAGUGAGGCUCUUGAUGGUGUCCCCAUCCUGGUGCUGGCCAACAAGCAGGAUGUGGAGACGUGCCUCUCCAUCCCUGACAUCAAGACUGCGUUCAGCGACUGCAGCUAUAAGAUCGGCAGGCGAGACUGUCUGACCCAGGCCUGCUCUGCCCUCACAGGCAAAGGAGUACGUGAGGGCAUUGAAUGGAUGGUGAAGUGCGUCGUGCGGAACAUCCACCGGCCACCCCGGCAGAGGGACAUCACGUAGGCGCAGCCAGCUCUGCCGUCUCAGACGGUUCGUCCCCUAGUGCUGGAGGAGCUCCCUGCUGGCUCCUGUACCACUCAUCCUGGGGGUUGGGUUUGCUUUGCCUUUUGGUUUCUUUUAUUUGCUUUAUGUUUUCUGUAAGACAAACUUUCCUGUGUCUGGAAAAGUACAGGCAUCCAGAGGCUUCUGCCAGGGGACCUGGGCAGCUGGGCCUGCCUGGCUGCACAUUGGCCACCACAGGCCUUGGGUCCUGCCUGACACUCGCAAGGGCCCCGGGGCUCUCAGCUCAGGCAUCAAGGAAGGUGGGGGAACCAGGUCUUGGCUGGAUAGGCCUCCCUGGACCUGCCUGCCAUCCCAGAGGGAGUCUGAGGAGAGCUGUGUUGGAAGUGGGCGUUUGGCUGUGGCAGCUGCUUCGUCUCAUUUGUCUGUGGAGGAGGUAGAUGUGGCCAUGGCUUAUCCUGGAGCAGGUGUGGGGACAGGUAUCCCCUUGAGGAAGAUCUAGCCACAUCAGUAGAGGCCACCAAGGUCCUGAGUUUUGCGGCAACCUCAGGGCAGACAGGGCUGGGAUGACAUGGAAGCCAUGCCUCCCCACUGGCCCAUUCUCCCCACAUUUUAAUGUCCAAGGGAGGGGUAACAUGGCAGUGCUGGGAGGGUGAGCUGGAUAUCUGGGUCUUUAUGCUCCCCACCCAUCCAGCAGAUUGGGCAAUGUUCCUGGAGGCACAGACUUCCCCAGCCCAGCUCAGGUGGUACCUGGGGCGUUGGUUGGUUUGGGUUCACGCAGAGCCCAGCUGAGUGGGGUGCUGGGCCCAGCUGGCCAUCAGGGGAGGGGUCCCCGAUGUGCCCUGAGAACAGGUGUUAGGCUGUCCUCCGCGGGGCAGUGGCCCUGCAGGUGAAGCUGUUCUCCAGCCUUCCCACAGCACUAUUUGGGCUUGCAUUCCCAGGGAGCCUGGCUGACUGCUCUGCCCUUCCCAGUGUGGAUGGGGCAAGAAUGCAAAAUAAAGACAGCCCAACCGGCUGCUAUCCACCCAUUCCUCCA